UUUCAUUUCGCCAGAAAUCAAACCAAAGACCGAAACGCAGAAUCGGUAGCACAGAAGUUCUGGCACACAUAUGCGCAGAUCUGCGCAGAAAUGUCCGGCUUUUCUCCCAUCAUACAUCAUGCGACUAGCAUAUUAUGCGGCAAUAAAGGCUCCAUGGAGUCAUCGCAGCUCCACCGGGCAGUUUUAAGAAGCUUCCCGGACAUUACAGAAGACACGUUUUGGUUCAUUAUUGAAGGAUGUGCCCGCUUCACUGUUGUCGCGAUCAGACCCAGAGCUGAAGAUGCGCAAUCUGAACGCAUCGUUGUGGCCAAAACAUCUUUGCGACUUUGCAAGAAAUACUCGCAGAGCGAAUGUUACCGAUGCCAGGAUUUACAUCUAUGCAAAUAUUUCGUUUACGGGAAUUGCAGGUAUGGGAAGGGAAGAAAGGCGUGCAAGUUUUCUCAUAAUAUUCAGUCCAAGCAUAACUACCCCCUGCUGCGAGAGUGCACACUUCACGAACUGAACGAGGACGAUCUCUUCCUGCUUCUGCUUCAGAAUGACCCCACCCUUCUGCCAGAGGUUUGUGCUCACUACAAUAAAGGCUCUGGGCUUUUUGGUUCCUGCACCUUUAUGGAGCGCUGCACUAAGGUCCAUAUUUGUCAGCACUUUGUCCAAGACGCCUGUCUGUUCGGCCCGAAGUGCAAACGGCAGCACAGCAUCGACGAGCACAGCCGCAGGAUGCUGGAGGAGCGGAGUCUCGGUGGUGACCUCAUCCAUGACCUGCCCUACAUCUACCAGAAUGUUCACCGGCUGAAUUUACAGACGCUUCAGAAUGAACUGAUAUCUGAGCCCGGGCUCAAUCCUGUCGCUCAAACAGAGAAGAAUGAAAUCUGUCUUCACUUCAUCAGAGGAAAAUGCAAGUUUCAGGACCAGUGUGUCCUCGUCCACUUUAAUCUUCCAUAUAAGUGGGAAGUUAACGACGGGAAAUCUUGGAGAGAUUUGAGAAAUAUGGAGGAAAUAGAAAGAGCUUACUGUGACCCUAAGAAUGAGCACAGUCCAGGUUCAAGGCGGGUGGAUUUUCUAUCCAUGACCAGGAAUCGGUACCCUGUGCGCCGACUCUCAACGGUUUCUUCGGUCUCCAAACCCAACCACUACAUCUUGACGACAGAGUGGGUUUGGUACUAUAAAGGAGAUCAUGAGAAUUGGAUCGAGUAUGGCAAACCGGAUGAUAAACAGCGAGUGACGUCUGUCACGUCUAGAGAUCUGGAGAAGGCUUAUGUGGAGGAUAGUACUGCAGAGGUCACUGUCAUUAAGGGCAACAGACAUUACUUUCUCAGUUUUCCAGAUAUGUAUCAAAGGAACCCCAAACACAACACAAAAAGAAAAGUCCGCAGACGGCCACGCUUUGUGUCUGUUAAUGAUGUGGAGAGCAAGGCUGCACAGUGACACAACACACAAAAGUUUACAUUCUCCAGAACAGACAUUGAGAGUUACCAUGUUUUUGGAUCGUUUGCAUUCGGAUACAAACUUUCCAUUGGAUCAUGUGCACUAGUGAAAUCAUUCUCAAGAGACUUUUCAAUAUUUAAAGACUGUUUUGCACAACCUACAAAAGGGAUACUAUUAUGAAAAAAACAUAUUCUGGACUUUUUACAUAGAUCUUUCUUUCACCUCCAGCAAAUUUACAUCUACAUCUUUGUCUUUUAAGUGCUUAUGAUUUAUUUUGAGCAAAACAGCAUCAACUACUGUCAAAUAUAGUAUCAAUAGUUCUACCCGCUGAACAUAUGAUACUGUGAAUGUUGUCUUUAAAUGUUGGUUUAUCGUGCCUGGAUUUGUCUGGUGUGCCUUUAGUGAAUGUGGGACCUUAUGGGAUGACAUGCCCGUGAGGUUAUGAGGUUGAUGACUAGGACUUUUUUAUUUUUUAUAUAACCAUCAAUAAAAAAGUCUCCCUGUUUUUCAA